AUAAGAAAGAACAGGAAAUUGCCACAUUGGAAAAUUAUAUGUAAAUCGACUGUAUGGAGUGUUUGGGAAUCAGCUGGACUUUGUUUAUUUAUCUUUUAUAUACCAGGACUUUGCAAAACUUAUCAUGUCAUUUUGUUGAUGAAUUGCGUAAUUUUCUUCCAAGUAGCUGUCAAAUGUAUUAGAUGUUCCCAUUGCUCUGAAGAAACUAUUUCUUGUAAACAAAAAAUAUUGCAUUUUGCGACUUUUUCGUUUGUUGCUGUUGGAAUUGUCUGUAUAUUUCUUCCGUUUGAAAAUAUAGUACAUAUUCAAUCAUUCAAAAUUUGGAUUUUGCCGUUUACCAUCGUGUGUUUGUCAAUAGCUUGGAUUCCUUUGGUUCAAAAAUACAUUUUAGGAGAACCAUGUUGUGGCAGUUAUCAGCUAUUAUCUCAAAACAAAGAUGAUACAUGGGAACUGACUGCUAUUUUAUCUUGUGUGAAAACGAUAUCGACCCUUGGAUUUUCUAUGCUGAUCUUUUACGCCGGCGAAAUCGGAAUGUCACCAUUCCCUGAAAAGCUAGAAAAUGUCAAUCUUUCCUCAUACAAGAAUGCAUGGCUGACGCUAUUUAACUGCAGCCGACAGCAAAUAUUAUACUUCUACACACACAUUAUGUCAGGUUUUUUCGGAAAGUAUUGUUUCAUAUUUGAUAUACAGCACUACGAGAUUUAACGCUAAUGACAUGCUAAAAAAUAGUACAAAUAAUUUAUACUGUAAAAAAUCCUUUAUUUUUUAUCUUUUCUUUUGCUUUAUCUAUAGAAUGAGAAUUUAAAACCUUAGUUCUGAUCAUCUGAUCUUUAUUACAUCAAGUCAUAUUUUAGGAGAUAAAGAAGAAAAUAUAUUGAAACAAUUUAGAUAAUCAUGAUAAUUGAAUUAAACAAAACCGACCACAUAAAAUCGUAUAUGUCGGAAAAUUAGAUGAAAUACUUGUUUUAUGAUUUUAGGUUAUUUUAUCGGCUAUAUAGCUUGCACAACACGUUCACAAAUACUUGGCUUCUCUAUCCCCCUUUUACUAGCUACACCAGUUUCUGUAGGUAUUUUAGCUGUUCAAGAAUCAUGUCGCUUCUAUCUUCUUCUGCCAGGUAAUGAGGAAAACUGCAUCGUUACACAUACAGACAUAAAAUAUCUUAUAUUUGCUACGCUAUUCUUUGUUCUGGCAAAUGUGUGUACAACGUGGAAAUUUUUGUUCAAGGACAAAUUCAAUAUAAUGUUAAGAGAAAAUCAGUUAUUUUGGACACCAAUGUAUAACUCGGCUUUACUGGAGCACUGGAUGAUGUUAGGAAGAAGAAAUACUUUAAUGCAACCCCAUGAAAAUGCCGAGAAUUCAAAAUUAUUUAUUUGCACAACGAUGUAUAGAGAGGACAAAAAUGAAAUGAAACAACUUCUACAGUCCUUCAAAUCUGUCAACGACAAAGUUUUGGGGGCUAGAGGACUUGAAGUCAAAUUUCAUAUCUACUUUGAUGACGCAAUAAAAGAAGGGCAGGAAACAAAAUAUGUGCAGCAGCUUUUUGAUGCUUUAGAUGAAGUGUUUGUAACAUCAAGGGACACCAGUAUGAAAACUCACUAUGGUAUGUUAACGGGUGCAAAAGAAAACUUUAGAGCACUAAAAAUUCAUCUCAAAGACAAUUCAAAGGUCAAGAGCAAAAAGAGAUGGAGUCAAGUUAUGUAUAUGAAACAUAUUCUCAAGGAAACAGUACAAAGUCAUCAGAAUUCGUACAUUUUAACAACGGAUGCAGAUGUCAAAUUCACCCCUGAAAGUGUCGAAGCGCUUCUUGACUUAAUGAUACGUGAUGAAAAAGUCGGUGCUGUAUGUGCUAGAACUCAUCCACUUGGAAGUGGAUUGCUAGUGUGGUAUCAAGUGUUCGAGUAUGCAAUUGGUCACUGGUUACUAAAAGUAUCGGAGCAUGUGCUUGGUACAGUCCUGUGUGCACCUGGCUGUUUCACUGUCUAUAGAUGCAGUGCACUCAAUGAUGUUUUAAACCUGUAUGCUACAGAUAUUGAAGAAGCAGGGGAAUUUUUAACAAAAAAUAUGGGUGAAGAUCGAUGGUUAUGUACGCUUUUGGUACAGAAAGGGUGGAGAAUAGAAUAUUGUGCUACUGCAAAGGAUUAUACACAUUGCCCUGAAUCAUUUGACGAGUAUUUCAAACAAAGACGUCGAUGGAUUGUUUCAACUAUGGCUAAUCAAUGGCUUUUGAUCAAGGAAUGGAGUAACGGCAAAACAGAUAAAUUACAUGUUCCAUUUCUGUUCAUGGUUUACCAAAUAGUUUUGCUGUUUUCAACUGUUAUUGGACCAAGCUCCAUUAUUCUUGUAUUAUCUGGGGGACUGAAGUAUGGAAAGGAUUGGUCAUCGACUGUCACUAUACCAAUUCAAAUCAUUGCAUGCAUUUGCUAUGCAAUAGUGUGUAUUUUAUUCCCGCAAAAGAUACAGUUAAUGGUUGGGAGGUUACUUUGUUGUUUAUAUACAAUUUUCAUGGGGAUAGCAAUAGUUGGUACAGUUGUUGGUAUUUCAACUGAUAUAAACGGCGUGUCAGGAGCUGAGGAAAACUUUAUCAGUGAAAAUAUGAAGAUGUCUUCAACAAGUGUGUAUUUGAUAGGAAUGGCAAUUAUAUUUUUCGUUACUGCUUUGUUACAUUUAACUGAGUUUUGGGCUAUAUUUUACGGCAUUAUUUACCUGCUUGGAUUGCCGACUGGUUAUUUGAUAUUGAUGAUCUACAGUAUCUGCAAUAUUACCGACACUUCAUGGGGAACUAGAGAAGACUCGUAUGGCAUAUCAUUUCGAGAAUGUUUACGAUCGGCUUUCAAUUUUAUAUGUUUCAAGUCCGCACAAGCCGGAAAUUAUGCACAAACUGGUAAUUCUACACAGACUGGCAUUUCUGCACAGACUGGUGAUUCUAAGCAAACUGGUGAUUCAACAGAAACCAGUGAUUCUGCAAAGACCGAUAGUUCUAUACAUAGUAUCGAUUUUCCACGAACCGGCGAUUCUAUACAAAGCUCUAGUCAUUUAACACAAAGAUUUGAAUUUUCACAAGAUAGGCCUAACGAAGCACAGAAAUUUAAAGAAAAUGGAUAUGAGAAAACGUCAUUUAUCAGCGGUAUUUCAAAGGAGGACUUGGGAAGAAUUGGUAUAAACGAAGAAGAAUUUCUGGAGAACAUUGAAGAGGAAGUAGAUUCACCGAAGAAAUAUGAAAUUCCCAUGAUUAUUCCAGCUUUUGGUCCUCAGUGGAGUUCCUUUGACCAAAAAUUUUACGAGUUCACGGAAGACUUAUGA